GGUUUUCAGUCGAUAAUUGUCCCGAUUCCUAACAAGUAGUCGUACUCAAACGAGGCACUAAUUUUUACUUUAUUAAUUAUAUAUUUACUAAUUUGUGGCGGUUUUUAUAGUAAUUAUUAACGUUGGUUAUCAGAAUUUUUUAUUCCAUUAUCAAAUGUUUACUGAAGAUGCCUUCGAUUUUCUUUUAUGUGAAGUGAGCAAUAUUGAUUAGUUUUGGAGGAAUAUUGGAACUAGGAACAAGAAAAAUCAAAUAUGGACAAAACACAAAAUAGGAAUUUAAUUUUCUUGAUAACAUUAACAAUUCUGUCCUGGAUAUCAGUUGUGGAGAGCAUAGACUGUUUUAAGUGCGUGUCUAUGAACGGCCGCUUUCCGGCGUGCGACGACCCCUUCCACAACAAUCACUCGCUGCAGUUGCUCGAGUCGCCUUGCAUGGGCGGUAGGAAGGGGAGAGACGGUCUCUUCCCUGCCACAUCAUGUAUCAAGAUAGCUGGGAUAUUUGAUGACACCGGUGAGAAGAUAACAGUCCGCGGCUGUGGGCUGGACUCGGGCACCGCCACGACAGACACCGAGAUCAUAAGAAUGUCGCAUUGCGGACGAUUCUACUACGACGACAGAUAUGUACACGGCUGCCUCCAGAGUUGCAAUGAUGCGGACGCGUGCAACUCCUCUGACGUCAUCAAGUCUCAGCUCUUACUGGCAACUCUGUUACUGAUGACGUCAUCACUCAGCUAACAGAUGUCACGUUAUAUAUUAUAUA